UUGAUCUCCAACCUGCCUCGUGUUGUUUCCGGUGCAGCUUCUCAACUCGAACCAUCACAUCAACGGGAAACCAUGGAAUGUGGUGAGAGGUCACCAUCACAUUACCCUCAGUGCCCAGCUGCGUCAGCAAUGGGCAGGAGAACUGUGGAGGUGACAAAUGAGGAGUCCAGCAAUGAGAGGGUUGAGUGGACGAUGGGGGUUAAAACAUCCGAACCCAAAGUGACAUUCCAGCUUUCUUCGUGUUUCUGCGAGGACACUGACGCCUGCGUGUGCAAAAGUGUCAUUCUUGAUUCACCACCACCACCACUCUGUCUCUCACCGGCGACUGCAGCAGCACAAACACAGAUGCCGAGCACAAAGCCCAAGGCCGGUGCGCUGGUAGCACGCAGGCAGCUGACUGACGGCAGAGAGGCGGCCUCUCUCAGGGAGCAAUCUACUCUCCCAUCACUGACACUCAAAGGGACUGUAAGGUUGGCGAGCACCGACCCCAGGACGACCUCUUCAGUUCACGCAUACAUCACUAGAAAAGCUUCAAUAUCAGCCGCUCAACAUGAAUCCCAAAGGUCGAACAGGAAUCCUUACAUCACCACAGAGGACAACAAAAUGCAGUAUUACAGAGACCUUUGCCUGCAGGUAGAGGAGAGGAAACAACAGAUGAAAAGGGAGAGAAGUAGAAACGCUACCGACGAGCAAAAGCACAAUGACACCAUGCAGCGUACCAUCUGGGGGAUGCCUGGAAGUGGCGCCCCAAACUUCCCAAUGGGUACAGUGAGGCGGACCAAUAGCCUCCACGCUGCCGGGAUCUUACCACAGGAGCAGAUCCGUGAUACAGUCUUCAGCGGGACCCCCUUCCGCCGCCUGUGAAAUGAAGACCAUAACAUCCCCAGACUGAGACCGCUGAGAGAUGAGGAGCAGCCAGGCGGAUAGCACUCUCUGACUUUUGUUAGUUUUGCAGCCAUUCAGAUAUUUGGGCCGUUAGAGCAGCGAAUUCUGAUGGUGGCAAAAGAAACACAGAAUGUCAAUAAACUUAGACUGAGAGGAGAAAAAAAGUAUGAACAACUGGAGAACUUUGAAAAAGUGAGCCUUCUCUUUGCAAACGAAUGUGUUGCUUCAUGAACAGGUGCCUGCAGCAGCAACAUUUUCCACUUUGCAUACCAAGAAUGGACUCGUGGCCUUCAUUGAUUCUUCUCAAGGAGUGUAUUUUAUGUCAUUUAGGGCGCAUCAUGUUUCCAUAAAGGGGCACUCUGUGAUUUAGUUUAGUUUUAUACUUCCAUAAAGCCAAAGUCAAAAUCGAAGCAGAAGAGGCUGAAAUAUUCUGUCUUUUUAGUCUGUAGUAUUGAUACUACAAUUCCCAUAAUGCAGCUCAACAGUUAAGCCGAAAAGUUCAAGUUGGUCUUAAAGGAAUAGUUUGACAUUCUUGGAACUAUACCAUUUGCUUUCCUACCGAGAGUUAAGGCCUAUGCACACCAAGUCUUUUUCAUCUGAAGUUGUUAAUCACGUUUACACAGCGACUCUUAACUUUCGCCCACCAUUAAGGUUCUCGGAACAGCUUCGUUUUUCUGCAUUUUUUUUUGCAUCCCCUCAGAGUAGUUUGACCAAUCAGAACCACCGUAAAUGCA